AUUAUACAUAAUGUUCCAUUGGAAGCGCAGUACUCGCUCAUGGCAAUGUAUCUAGUUUUACCGUGCCGCUGGGUCUCAUUCUCUGGUUUCAAAUUCGUCGACUUCUCUACGUAACAUCCCAUCUCAACUAGGAUUGCACGACACACAGAGAGAGAGAGAGAGAGAGAGAGAAAGAGCUGAAAGCAGACAUAAAACUGAAAUAAUAAAAGAGCUUUGGUGACUGAAGAAAAACAAACGACCGCAAAGAGUUAACGUUACAAAACACGAGUUUUGAUCUAAGAAUUGAAGAAAUAUUCAUGUUUCAUAAAUCGUUAUCGAAAAAAAAUUAACUAUGAUAUACAAAAGAAGUCUUCUUUUCAUCAUAUUUUUCAUUUGGAAAGCCAGAGCAAAUGAUUGCAUACCACGAAAAUUCAAUUUCGAUAGUAUCGUGUGCGUUUGUAAUUCGACUUACUGUGACUCGACACCAGAUAUCGGAGAACCCGAAAAAGGAAGCUUCCAUGUAUAUGUUUCCAGUAAGGAUGGUCUUAGAUUGAAUUAUUUCAAAGGAUAUUUUCAACAAAAUAAUAAUUAUUCAUAUUCCGACUGGAGCAAUUACAUCAAAGUUAUUAAAAAUAGCAUAGAUGUUUCUAGAGAUAAGAAAUAUCAAACUAUACAAGGUUUUGGCGGAUCAUUUACUGAUUCGGUAGGAAUUAAUUUGAAAAAUUUGAGUAAACAAACCCAGGAGAUGCUGCUGCAAUCAUAUUUCGGUCGAAAUGGCAGCAGAUAUAAUUUUGGUCGUCUACCAAUCGGUGGUUCCGAUUUUUCUGUAAGACAAUAUUCGUUGGAUGAUACAACAGAACCGGAUAAAUAUCUCGAGCAUUUUGAAUUAGCCAAAGAAGAUAUGAAUUUAAAAAUACCAUUUAUCAAAAGAGCUGUAGAAAUAUCCCGUAAUCUCAAAUUAACUGCAGCCGUUUGGAGUCCACCGAUUUGGAUGAAAACUAAUCACAAAUUUAAUGGCCCAAGUGUACUUAUAAAAAAAUAUUAUCAAACGUAUGCCAAUUAUUUGCUGAAAUUUUUACAAUCAUAUAAAAGUAACGGCAUUGAUAUAUGGGCUAUUUCAACGGGAAAUGAACCUUCCAGUUCAUUUGUACCUACAAUCCCAAUACCUACUAUGGGAUGGACACCACUUAAUUUAGGGGAAUGGAUAGCUAAUUAUCUAGGGCCAACUUUAGCUCGUUCGGAAUUCAAUAAAACGGCCAUCUUAGCUUUAGAUGAUCAGAGAUUUACUUUAAUACGUUUUUUCGAUUUACUUGCAUCCAAUAAAAAAGCACUGGAUUAUAUUAGUGGCAUAGCUUUACACUGGUAUUGUGACGAAUACUUUUCCACAACAUUGUUAGAUUCGACUCAUUACAAGUAUCCAAAUAAAUAUCUUCUUAUAACCGAAGCAAGUAACGGUUUUAAAAAGAACGAUGUUCCAAAAGUACAGCUUGGAUCUUGGGAAAGAGCACACAAGUAUAUUUUGGACAUAAUAAUGAAUUGCAGACAUUGGGUAAGAGGAUGGAUUGAUUGGAAUCUCGUCUUAGAUAAAAAUGGUGGUCCAAAUGUUAAUAAAAAUUUUGUUGAUGCAGCUGUCAUAAUAAAUCCUGAAAAUGAUGAAUUUUUCAAACAACCGAUGUACUAUGCGAUUAAACAUUUCAGUAGAUUUGUAGAACGAGAUUCUGUAAGGAUUGAUAGCACGACAACUAAAGAUAUCGAAACUAUCGCUUUCGAAACUCCCUCGAAAAUGAUCGUAGUUAUUUUGUACAAUAUGAGCUCCGAGGAUAAAAAUGUCACAAUUACAGAUUCCAAAAACGGUGACAUUAUGAUUGCAAUACGUUCGUAUUCAAUUUACACUAUAAUAUAUAAAUAAAUAAAUAUUUCGCUGAUCUGAUAUAACGAUUACUAAAUACAUGAAGGGCAUAGGAUUAAUUAAAUUACAUUGUAUUGUAAUAUUUAGAAAUUUAUGUUUAUACUACAUAAAAUAAAACUAUUAUAUUAAAAGUUCUACUAUAAUA